UAAUUGGGUUGACGUUGAUCAAAUAAAGCGAAUGUUGUUACAAACUGAAAAGAUUAAGAGUAUGUUGUUAUUACAGGAAUAUAAGAGAUCUUUUUAAAAGUUGAGGAUUGUGAUAAAAGUUUUAUUUUAAAUUAUUAUGUUUAAAAUGACAGUGAAAACAAACUUUUAUCAAUUUAGAAACACAAAAUAAGUCAACUUAAAGAUCAGGUUUAAACAGGACAGUUAACAAAAUGGCGGCAGGUGGACAAAUUAAUACGGAUACUCUUUCAGACGAAAUAUUUGAUGUAUCUUGUUCAAUGUGUAAAAAUCAAGGCAAAAACGCUGACGGUGAAAAAUACUGUGUUGACUGUAAAGAUUAUUUCUGUGUUACUUGUAUUAAAGUUCACAGUAAAGUGCCUUUAUGUGCUGGUCACAAGGUGUUGGAUAGAUCUCAAGUUAAGAGUAAGUCAGGAAAUAGCAAAGGUUUGCUGAACGCACCAACAGAGAGAUGUGAUAGACACAGUCAUAAACACAUUGAUAUGUACUGUCAGAACCAUGAUAAUGUUGGCUGUUCUACAUGUAUGGCAGAUGAUCAUAGAUUGUGCAAGGACACAUUCUACAUACAAGAAUUUAUCAAAAAGAAUUCUUACAAAGUCAAAUCCACAGGAGUAAAAACAAAAAUUAAAAAACUAGCAAAGACCCUUGAUAAACAGUCUGAUAGAUUUAAACAGGAUAAACAAAGGCUUCUAAAGAGGAAAGCAGAGAUACUUAUUGAUCUUAGAAAAUUCCGACAGGAAAUCAACGACCAUCUUGACAAGCUGGAGAAAAGUUCUGUUGAUGAGAUAGAAAGUAAAUUCAAAAGUCUUCAAGACAAAGUUGAAGAUGGUCUCAAACAGCUACAAAUGAAAAAGUCCAGGAUUACAUCAGCUUUUGAUAAAUUAGCAUCUCAAAACACAAAUAAAGUUGAAGUAUUUGUUCAUGUUAAGAUGGCAGAGGAUGCUGCGAAUGUUGCAUACAAAUAUAUAGAAGAUGCAAAAUUAAAAAGUACAGUAGAAGACCUGGAAUUUCAUUUCGACAGAACAAUUCUUACAAGUUUAGAACAAAAGAAAACCCUAGGCACACCAAAGAAAACCCUAGGCACACCAAAGAAAACCCAACGCACACAACCAGAGAAACCUAUUGGCAAUUCAUUACAGAUUAAAAGCGAAAAAUCAUUUAAUGUAAAAGUAAAGUCAGAUGAAGAUGAUUGUAAUAUUACUAGUGCCUGCUGUAUGGAAGAUGGUACAAUAAUUCUAGCUGAUCAAAGCAACAACAAGCUUAAACGGAUACACAGAAAAAAAUAUACUGUCACUGAGUACUGUGAUCUACCUGGAGAGCCACAUCAAGUGUGUAUGAUCACAAGUAGCAACUUUUAUACGUCAGUUUAUAUGUAUACAUUGUCUGGCAGGAAGCUUAUUCAGUUCAGUGCAGGUAAUCCAGGACAUGAGCUGUGUCCUAACAUAUACAGUUUAGCUGUCAGUAAGAAUGCUACAAGGAUUUAUGUUGCUGAUUUGAAGAAUGGAUUGAUAGUACUGGACAACAAUGGUCAGGUUAUUACAUCAUUAAAUGAUUCGCAAAUGAGCGGGGCUCAAUGCUGUUGUCUCAUGGAAGCUGGUAGUGUGCUGGUAUCCGGAUAUUACUCCAAUAAUGUUUCACAGUUUACAUCUGGUGGUGAACUGAAAGGAGAGGUUAUAAAAGCUGAUAGUGGAAAAGAGGACAUUUUAUCAGUUUGUUGUAAUCAACAAAUGACUAUGAUGUGUGUAAGCAGAGAAUAUGACAACAUCAUUGAAGUGUAUGAUAUCUAA